GUCGGGCAGAGCGGCCGUGCCCGGGCAAACGGCGACCUGCGAGCACGUGCGGCGUUGGGUCGCAGCCGACAUCGCGCGGGCCCGUUAGCGCUCGAGCGACCCUUGGUUCUGCACUUGAUCGUCCUCGGUCAACUUCUCCCAUCCUUCGCUGAGAUACUUCAGCUUCCGGUCAGGCUCUAUCGGCCUCCGCUUCUAGUCGGCUCGCUCUGUUGCGCACUUCCGCCGGAUCAGCAGGUCUUCGACAGCUUCUACCGUACACCGACUAUGGCAAAUCCGCGACAGAGGAGAAAAUCGCGCUCGGGUUCAUACAAGCCAGUGCACCAUUCUCGUAGGGCAAAAAAGAACCUCAACAAGCAACCACCUAUACGUGCCCCUAAAGUCCUUCAGGACGCUUGGGAUAGGCACAAAACAGUCAGACAAAACUACGAAGCCCUGGGCCUCGUAGCGUCAUUGAACCCUACAGCAUCAGGAGGCGUCGAGCGGCCUGCGAGCCAUGCCGGCAACCCCCAUACUGCGGAUGCGUCGGUCACGCCAGAAGCAUCCACCUCUCAGCAGGUGGUGAACGCACAUACGAGUGUACCCAAAGGCUAUGGCCGCAUUGUCCGAGAUGAGAAUGGCAACGUCAUUGACAUCAUAUUGCCGAAAGAAGAGGAACAUGGUCUCGCCGACGAGAUAAUGGAGGAUCUACCGGAUGCCUCGCGGGACGAGCAAUUAGCUCCCUGGGUUGAACUAGGUUCAGAUACAAAAUCGGGCCCAUCAAAAGCUCCAGAGACACAUGUCGUUCGAGCGCUGGAAGAGAUGUCACAAGAGCGUGGCGCUCGCCCACCCAGAUAUGCGUCUACGGGCGAGAAUGCAAUUCUCCGACGCCUCGUUCACAAGUAUGGGGAGGAUGUGGAAGAUAUGGCGAAGGACAGGAAACUCAACCCUGAUCAACGCACUGCCGGCGAACUAGGACGUGCCAUACGGAAGGCCGGAGGCUUUGCGCGGCUCAGAGAGGUGUGAGCACCAGAUAGGCACGUGUAUACCAGGAAAGGGCGUUGGGGAAUGCAACGGUCUGUCUUGGCUUCCAUGUUAAGAUCCGUCAGGGAAGAUGUCAAUGCGCUGGAUAUCAGAUACAGACCAUACUAUGCAUUUCGCAGGCUACGGAGGCGGUCACCGUCUGUACCUCGGCGCAGCGAGAAACCGCGCUUUCCUGGUCACUAGGAUCAGAACCAGUUGACAAUCAACAGAACGCACACGAAAGUCGACCGACGAUGCUGCACCCGUGAAUGCAUGUUCAUGGAUCAACCCAAACUUGACCCAAACGCUGAGCGCUGAGGCGUCAACCGGC